UGCCUGCUCCGAUUUCCAACGGAGCGGUUGUUCAAUCUCUUCGUCUCGAAGCCAUCGCGCAGAUUUCGCCCCCACCCACCUCGGGGAUGGAGGAGGGCCGAGGGGUGCCGGAGCCCGGCGGCCUACCUCCCCGACGACCUGGUCGUCGAGAUCCUCUCGCGGCUGCCGGCCAGGUCGCUGUGCCGCUUCAAGUGCGUCUCCCGGUCCUGGCGCGCCCUCAUCUCCGACAGGUUUUCUUUCGCGCAGACCCUGUCGGGCUUCUUCUUCAGCAGCCGCCGCGACAUCGCCGCCGGCCCGCCUUGCGGCUUCGCCGGCUUGCCGCCUCCUCUCCCCAGAGUCGAUACAGCUCUCUCCUUCCUGCCACCCAGCGGCGGGGCGAUUGAGCUGCUCGACUCCUGCAAGGCUGCAACGGGCUCCUCCUCCUGCUCUGCUCCCGUGAACCCGGGUCGCCGCUUCCCCCCUUCUACGUCGUCUGCAACCCAGUCACUCCGGAGUGGGUUGCGCUGCCCCAGCCCAGCCACGCUCCGGGAACUUCUCAAGUGCUCGAUGUAAAAAGGAUCACGGGAGCCGCGAUAGGCUUCGACCCGACCU